GGAAAGUUUCUUAUUUCAUCCCGUGGUGUAAGUUAUGGGGAAGUAGGUCAUGGAGGGCGGCGGCGGGGUGCAUGUGCGUGGGUGGCGGCGGUGGUGUUGGUGGGAACACCGCGGCAUGGCGAGUGUGGUGGAGGCAGGGCAGUGUGGCGGAGGCUGGAGGGGCGUGGCUGGCCAGGCUGCAUCACUGGCCUGUGUGUGUCAGGCCACGCCACUGUACAGACGCCGGCGAGGGCUGCGGCGGUGGCGUCGUCAGUAGGGUGGCAGGCGCGGCGCCGCUGCCACCUCGCCUCGCCUCGCCAGCUGCGUAGUGACUGGCGGGCGGCAGGCGUGUGGCGGGGCGUGCGCCGCCUGCUGCACUGCCGCGGCCAGGCCGGCAAUAAUGUCAGUGGCCAGCCAGCAGGGUCCGGCAGCCCCGACAGUGGCAGCAGCAGCGGCAGCCUCGGCGGGGCCUGGCGGGGCGGCCACAGGGGCGGUGCGCGGGGCGCGCGGCAGCUGUCAGGGGUUUGAACGCGGCGGGGCAUGCCGGGAGCGUGACGUCAGCGGUGCACGCGCGUGCGCAGUUCAGUGUGCUGGCGAGGCUGGGACCAUUAAGAUGGCGGCCAGUAACAGCCUGGACGAGGUGUUGUGUGCAGACGUUGAUCCGAGUGCCGUCGCCGCCAUUGUCGGGCCCCUGGACACCCCGCGGGCCGCCGCAGCCAAAACCGCGGCGCACCAACCACUGAACGGCAGUGCCAAUGGCGGUAUAAGUAACAAUGCCGCGGUGCUAGUGGAAGGCAGAACAAACUGCGGUAAAAUAGGGGUCAGAGGCCCGGCGGUGAGCGGGGGGAAGGUGGUGGUGUCUGGCGUGGGCGCCGUGCAGGCUGGUGGCGGCCAGGGCGCGGGGGCCGCGGGGGGGCUGCAGGGGGGAGCCGCCCUGCAGGCGGGCGGCGAGCAGCAGCAGCAGCAGGCAGGCAGCAGCAAGGGCGCCGCGGGCGGCAGGCCGGUCUAUGGGGUGGUCCCCACGCCCAUGACAGGCGCCCAAGGCACGCAGGUGGUGAACGGGGGCGUGAGCGGGACGGGCACAGGCGCGGCGCCCCAGGGGAGCCUGCAGAGCCAGCUGGCCCUGAAGGGGCUUACCAAGGUGGUGACGGCGGCGGGGCAAGCGGCGGUGAUCAUGUCCAAGCCCGGCACCGUGACCGCCGUGGCGUCCAGCGGGCAGGCGGGGGCGGUGCCCCUACCGCAGAGCAUGCAGAUUCUCAACAUGCGGCCCGGCCAGACCAUCAAGACCACGCAGGGCACCACCAUCACGCCGCGCAUGAUCCUAAACCAGGCGCAGGUCCUGCCCGCCGGCAUCAGGCCUGGCCAGCCCGGGCAAAUCACGCUAGGGCCUCUGCAGGGUCUUCCUCCAGGGGCACAGGGUCACUUACUGGUGAAGACAGAGAACGGACAGCUGCAGUUAUUGAGGGUAAACACAGCGACUGCCACUCCUGGUCCCCUCCCGGCAGCCGUCACCACCACCACCACCCUGCAGCAGCCCGCCAAUGCAGCGUACCGUUUCCAGGCCCCUCAAACUGGUUCGGUGGCAGUCCGGUCGGUAAUGGCGACGUCUGCUGGUGCUCGGUCCACAGCCAUUCUACUCCAGUCACAACCCAGUAACACCGUGGCACUGACCUCCUCCAACACCACCACCACCUCCAUAGCCACGCAAGCAGUGCCCACCAUCACUGCCCCCACCACUGUUGCCGUCACCCCGGGCACCACAGUAGCGGGCACCACCGUUGUGCCCACCCAGCCCACCUCCGCAGCACCCACCCCCACCACACAGCAGUCGCAAGCCACGUCCGUUGGCUCUCAAACCAUAUCGGCUGAAUCUGCAAAAACGAAAUGCAAAAACUUUCUGGCGACGCUGCUCAAGUUGGCCAGCGAGCAGCGUGCGCCGGUGGCCAGGAACGUUCGCACUCUGAUCCAGGGCUUGAUAGAUGGCAGGGUGGAGCCCGAGGCGUUCACAGAGGAGCUGCAGAAGGACCUCAACUCUUCCCCUCAGCCAUGUCUCGUACCCUUCCUCAAGAAAACCUUGCCGUACCUGCGACUGUCCCUGGCAAAGCAUGAGCUGACCAUAGAGGGAGUGCGGCCGCCGCCUUUCACCGCCGUCAGUCCUGUCUCCGGCGUCACCACUGUCAUACCUGCUAUGUCCAUGGCUCGUCCAGUGGCCCCUACCACCUCUGGCACAGUCAGAAUGGUUGCCCCUACUGCUGUUGCCUCUGUGUCCACCGCCACUGUGGUGCAGCGGCCAGCCGGCACCACCACUGCCACCUCUGCUGUCGCCGCUGCCGCCACACCCUCCAGAGUAGUGGCUCCGGUGCGCAUGCAGGGCGGAAAGACAGUGGUGGCCGCGGUCCGCCACAACACUCCUGCCGUUGUCGUUGCCGCCACCUCCACCACCACCACCGCCACAGCCACGGCCUCUGCCACCCCCACCGCCACGCCCUCCGCCGCUGCCCCCACGGCUGCCACGCUGCCAGCCGCUGCCAAGGCCGUCACCAUCAACAAGGCAUUGCCCACCAAAGACAAGGACAAGGGCAAGGAUAAAGUUUUCACCUACAGCGGCGCGGCGGAUGACGAUAUCAACGAUGUGGCGGCGAUGGGUGGCGUCAACCUGGGGGAGGAGUCACAGCGCAUCCUGGACUCCACCGGCUUUGUGGGGACGCAGAUCCGCUCCUGCAAGGACGAGAACUUCCUCUUCAGUGCCCCUCUCACACAGCGGAUAAGACAGAUAUGUUCAAAGUACGGCCUUGAUGACGCCCCUAAGGAUGUGGUGGCGCUGGUCUCGCACGCCACACAGGAGAGACUCAAGACCAUCGUGGAGAAGCUGGCAGUCAUCGCAGACCACAGAUUAGAGAUUAUUAAGCAAUGUGACGCCCGGUACGAGGUGAAGCAGGAUGUCAAGGCACAGCUGCGUUUCCUGGAAGAACUCGACAAGCUGGAGAAGAAACGCAAGGACGAGCAAGAGAGAGAGAUGCUCCUGCGCGCCGCCAAGUCCCGUAGCAAAUCAGAAGACCCCGAGCAGGCCAAGCUGAAGGCAAAGGCGAAGGAGAUGCAGCGUGUGGAGAUGGAGGAGAUGAGACAGAGAGACGCAAAUCGCACCGCCCUCAACGCACUUCAGGGACCCAAGAAGAAACCCAAGCUAGAUCUCAGUGUGGCGGACGAGGGUGGAACAUUUAGUGGAACUUUCACCCAGAAGUCGAUGCCGCUGCGGCCGCGGAUCAAGAGGGUCAACAUGCGGGACCUCAUGUUCUUGAUGGAGCAGGAGAAGGAGCUGAACAAGUCACCGCUGCUUUACCGCUCUUACCUCAAGUAGCCGGCCGGGGGGCUGCCGGGUGACGCUGCCUCUCCCCCCGCUGCGGGGGGAGUGCCGGGCCAUGCUGCCCCUCCUCUCUCGUGGGUGAGUGCCAGGUGAAACUGCCUCUCCUCUCUGCAGUGCCGCGGAGUGGCCCGCCGGCCAGCGCUGGCGGGGUGGAAGAUCUGUGAUUCUCUCAUGCAGCAUGUCAAGUGUCUUAUCACCGCGUGGCCUCGGGGCCGAGACCGCUCCGGGGACUGUGAUGGGCCGGCCGCCCGGCCACCCGCCGAACAUUGCCUCAGGCCCGGCCGGCACCAGUGGACGUGCGAACAGUGGCUUACACACCAGAGAAGGUACAACCAAACCUUUUAUUCCCUAAAUAUAUAGUAUCAACCCUAUUUUGUGCAUGAACCAUGUAAAUAUUUCUUGGAUAGGAAAAUCUUUAAAAUAUUUUUAUCCGAUGCCCGUCGUCGCCACGUUACGGAAACUGAGGAGAACCUUUGAUACGCAGCCUCUGUAGAUACUGUACAGUUUUUAAGACUUGAGGCCUUUUCUGUUAUUGUGUUGUUCUUGUACCACAGAGCUACGGUUUGUCUUGCAUGCACGGGGCACCGCACAGUCAGGGCGCCGCCACCGCCAUCGCUGCUGCUGCUGCUGCCAGGGGGCCACGGCCAGCAAAGUUGCCAAAGACGUAAGCUUCUCUUUUCACCGUGGCCCCGGCAGUGCAGUAGCGGCGGUGGCAGCAGCGGCAGCAGGGGAGAGUUGUUAAUACAUUGUGCUGGAGGAAGGGAAAACCUUAACUGUAAGACAUAUGCAAGAUGACAUUAGGUAAAGAAGUCUACUGUACUUUGUAAGAAAUUGUGUAGAUGUUGAGGAGACUUUCUUAUGAUUUGUACUGCUGUACUUGCACCUGAUUUUAUUGUUACUUCCGCUUCAAUUGGCUUGUAUUCUCACUUGGUUGAACAAGACUGCUCCUUUGCCGUGCCGCCUGUGUCUGCCGGCGCAAGGCUCGCCGGCCGCCCGGCCGCAGCACAACACCUUCCACCAGUGGCCGGGCGGCGCCGCGGUGCCCUGCAGUGUGCGGCGCCCAGUCCUGCAGUGAGGCGCUGCCGGCGCCGGCCCUCGCUGCCCCGGUGUGUCGUGCAGCACACACAGGUGGCUGCCCAUGACACCUUCUGCCGCCCUGGGCCACCCUGCCCUGCUGCUGCUCGUGCCGCCCAUCCCCAGGGUGUGGUGCUGCGGGCGCCCGGCACUGUGCCGCCAACACACCCCGGCACACACUGGCCUUCCUGCUUCACCAAAACACAAAACGUGAGAGAAAAGUGACGCGCUGCAGCUUUCACUCCUUCCAUUCUUGCUUCCCUGGUCUGCCCUGCGGUGGCGGCGGCCGGCUGCUGGACGUGUGUAUCUGUGGUGCCGGGACAUGGCGGUGGUGCGGUGGCACGAGGGUGCAGGGCAGUGGUGGUGGCGGGGACGUGCUGAAACAGGUACAACAAUGAAGACCAAUUGUAGCUAAGCAUUUUGUACUGUGUCAAGGAUGCUGUGCCUCUGUAAUGUGUUUUUGUAAUUAUAUGUUGUUAUACAGUUUUGGUUGCUUUUAUCUUGUGGUAACCAGAGGGGAGUGUCCAGGCGGCUCCAUGUCAGAUGGACAGACAGACAGAUAGGACAGGAGGGGAGGGGAGGGAGGGGGACAAGUCAUGGUGGAGGAAGCCAGUCGCUGGUUUGAGUUCUGACAAUCCUUGUGUUUCCCUGAUUGUUUUCUCUUCCCGAUAGUGACGCUGCACAGUGGGAGGCAGCGCGGCCCAUGCACCGUGUCCUGGGGUCUGUUUAUUUCCACACACUCAUCACCAUAGUCACCGUAACUCAGUUCCUAGAGUGGCGAGAGGAGGAGGAGAAGCAGGAAGACAUAGACAGUUUGGGCCGCAGCACAAACAAAAACAGGAACACACACAGCACUGCUAUCACUGUCAGUCCACCGAGUGAAUGCCGGGGACACAGGGACACCCAAACCACUCUGUCUUACCCUGAGGGACUUUUAGGGCCUGUUCAGCAGUGUGUGGCAAAGCUGGGGAGACAGAAAGACCAGGGACAAGGAAUGGGGAAGCUUGUGUAUUGAAGGGCUGUUGGCAAGGGAAGGAAGUUAUAUAGAGCUGGUUUGAGGUCAAUGUAUCCUUCAAAAAUAGUGUGUUAAGAGGAAGAAUGUGAUAAAUAUGCAGAACUAAGAGAAUGAAUGUUAAUUAUGCUGUUUGUGGGAAAGAUGGUAGAAAGAAGUGAAAGAAAAGAGUGCUGUUUGAAGUUCAACAUUUUCAGUAUUGCUGUGUUUAGGAAGGAACGUAAAGAGAGACAGGAAUGAGUUGUGUGAAUGCUGCUAAGAUGCUGUUUUUGGUGAAAACUGCAAGAAAGAAGUGAAGAAAAGUGCUGUUUUAAGUUCAACAUCUUUCAGUAUUGCUGUGUUUAGGAAGGAAUAUGACAGAGACAAGAGUGACAGAAUUAAUGCUGCUAAGUGUGCUGUUUUGGGGAAAGAUAAUAGAAAGAAGUGAAGGAAAGAGAUGUUUUAAGUUCAAUAUCUUUCAGUAUUGCUGCAUUUAGGAAGCAAAAUAACAAAGAGAGACAGGAAUGAGUGUAUGAAUGCUGCUAAUGUGCUGUUUUGGGGAACGAUGCUAGAAAGAAGUGAAGAAAAGAGUGUUGUUUUAAUUCAAUAUCUUGUAAAGUAAUGCUGGGUUUAGGUGUGAAUAUAACAAGGACAUGAAUAAGUAAAUGAAUACUGUCUUGAAAGGAUGCUAGAAAGAAAAAGUAUCAUUUAGUUCAAUAUCUUCUAAAGUAAUGCUGGGUUUAGGUGUGAAUAUAACAGACAGGAACAAGUGAAGGAGUGCUGUCUGGGAAGGGUGCUAGAAAGAAAUUAAGGAAAAGAAGUGCUGGUUAGUUAAGUUUCUUUAGUACCAGGACAGAUGAAGCAAGUGCUGGUGUGCUGUUGUAUAGAGAAGCUAAAGAUUUAAAGCUCUGGCAGGGAAAGUGGAGAAAAAGAAGAGUAAAAGGAUGCUAGUUUGAUCUGACAGUGCUUUUUAGUGGCAGAGGAAGAGACUGCAUUGAGACCAGUAAGGAAAUUGUUAAACUGAGACGAGUGUAUGCUAGUUUCAUUUGUGCUUUGUUGUGAAUAAAGAAGUAAUGGAGAGCAGUGAGGGAAGAAUCUAAACUGGAAAUGAGGGAUAGAAAGAUGAUGCUAGGAAGACUUAGUAAGAAAAACAAAGGAAAAGUUGAGUUUAGUAGAAAGAGGUAAUAGAAAACAGCAAGGAAAAGAUGAGUGAUGAUAGGAAGGUGUAAUAAAAGAAGUAAAAAGUGAUGCUAGGAUGUAAUAGAAGACAGGAAAAGAUAAAUAAUGUUAGGAAGAUGUAAUGAAAAAGUAAAAGAUAAGUGAUGCUAGAAAGAUGAAAUAGAAAACAGGAAAAGAUGGAAGUAUGCAAGUGAAGAAUGGUUAGAUGAAAGCUAGGUUGAAUUUGUUUUGUGCUUUGUGAUGGGAAAGAAGAAUAGGUAGUGGAAGUGAAGAAUAGAGACAGGCAAUGCUAGGAAGUUGUAAUAGAAAGCAGUAACAAAGAAACUGGAGUGUUGAAGCAAAUAAUGGUCAGACUGAUGGACAUUAGGAAGAGAAUAAUGAGUGUGGUAUGGAAAAAAAAUUACCAGAAAUGAAGAAUGGUUAGAUGGAUGCUAGUUUGACUUCACACUGGUUCAUCAUGGCAGAGUUUGUGCUUUGUAAUGGGAAAUAAAAGUGUAAUAAGUGGCAAGAAGGUUAGGUAGUGGAAGUGAAGAACAGACAGGCAAUGCUAGAAAUGUGCAAUGAAAGCAGUAAAGAAGAAACUGAACUGUCGAAGCAAAGAAUGGUCAGACAGAUGGAUGUUAGGAAGAGAAUGUAAUGAGUGUGAUAAGGGAAAAAGAUAACCAGAAAUUAAGAAAAGUUAGAUGGACGCUAGCUUGACUUCACACUGAUUCAUCAUGGCAGGGAAAGAUGUGAUAGAGAGCAGUGAGGGAAAAGUUGAAAUGAAGUGAAAAACAGUGAGAGUUAUAAUGAUGUUUGGUAUUAUUGAAGAGAACAUCAGAUUAGAAAGCAAGAGAUGCUUACCAGCAGAAAAAAUUGACACUCAUUAUUUAAAUAUUUCCAUUAAUCAUUUCAAAAUAUGACAUUUGUGGACCAGAAAUAUGAGUAUUGUCUGGAAUUAUGAAACCUUGAAAAUAUUUUGAGUGGUAGUUCAUGUGUGUGUGUGUGUGUGUGUGUGUGUGUGAAUUGUAGAUCUUUAAAAACAAAAUUGCAAUGGUAGGAUGUGUGUGUGUGUGUGUGUGUGUUCUCUUCAGUUGCAAAAAAGAAAAGCUGGGGAUGUGCUGAGUGUGGGGGUGAAAGGUGGACAGACAGGCAGGUAGGCAGGCAGUGCAGAUGGGUGAAGGGGUGUUAGGGACAGACUGGCUUGGCUGGAGUAAUGUACUUAAGAUAGGACAGUGUGUGUGUGUGUGUGUGUGUGCGCAUUUGUAUGUGUUGCUGGGACUAGUGGUGGGUGAGGGCAGCAGCAGCAGCGGCAGCAGUCAGGUGUCAUGGUCUCCGCAAAUUCAAGAUCAAACAUUAAGCAGUUCUGUAGUAGAUUUAUAUAUAUAUACAUAUAUACAUAUAAAUAUAUAUGAUAUAAAUAUAUACAUACAUUUAUAUAAUUAUGAGUCUUUUUUCUACUUUUUUCUCUUUUUCCACUUUUUGGUUGACGUGACAUGUUUCACUAGAAUUUAUUUUAUUAAACCUUUCAGGAAGAGUUUUAUUUCUACUUUUGUACGUAUUAGUCAUGUCUUGUUUCUUCACCGCAGUUAAGUUAGUUUGGGGUGGCUGAUGGGAGGUGGUAGUGGUGGUGGUGGUGAUGGUGGUGGUGGUGUUGGUGUUGGUGUUGAGGGCAUGAAGGGCCCAGCCUGAGGGCAUUGCGUGGCCUGAGCAGGGUCGGUGAGGCUGGGAGUGAAGACCCUUGACUGUUACACACAAAUCUCCUGUGAAGGGGUGUUGCCGUGUCCUUCAGUGCUUGUUGGCGUGAUCUGUGGCUCUCGGUAGUCUCAGAGGUCACCUAGCAGAGCAGCACCCACUGACCUAACAAGUGGUUUAUCUGUGAGGUCUUCCUGUGGCUGAGGUGUGGCACUGCAGCCCAGCACUCCACACUCACCAAUAAAAAAGGGUUUAUGUGUCUCCUAGAAGAGCUUGUCAAGGUGUUUCUGCUCCCCAAGUGUUGCAUUAAGGUGUGUAGCAUCAGCAGCACCCUGGCCAGCCUUCCUCAGUGCUGUGUCACCAAGAGGAGGCUGUCAGGAAGUGAAGGGUGUUUAUAUCUGAGUGUUGCAAGGACUGUGUGGUGUCAGCAGCCUGCCCAUCCCUCAUUGGCGUAGGGCAGCCUGUGGUAUGUGGCGUUUGGCGUGUGGUGUGCAUAGGGCAGUGAUGGUGUGAUGGUGUGGUAGUGUUAAGGGCUGCCGGAGGACUUGUGGUGGUGCACGGUGUGGUGUGGUGUGUGGCCAGGGUGAGGUCUGGCAUUACCAUGGCUGGCUGGUGUGUCUCGGUGAGUGGCGAGGACCACGGCACGGCUGAGUCUUGUGGAUUCAUUUUUUUGUGGAUUCAUUUUUUGUAACCCCUAAUGCUGUACUGUAAUAGUGUAGACCAAUGCAGGUUAAUAUUUUUAUAUAAAUUAUUUAUCACUCCAAUUAAUAAAAAUCACAUCCAGA